AUGUUCCGCGCUCACGCUGAACACACAGGGCGGUCGCCUAAACUUGAUGCUCCGCCGUACGACCCUUCCUUGUGGGAGGGAAAAGACUGCGCAUUUAUCACCACCUUGAGGGAUGUCUAUUAUAGGCAAGAACGGAUGGAGCGUCAGCUGCGCAUGGAGACGUCUGUAGUUGGUGGGGCUGCUCUCCCAGUUCCCGCCGCCUCACAUACUCAAUUGGCCACUAGGCCAUCUUCUUGGUGGGGGAAGCUCUUGGAUAGCCUCUUCCCGCGGUACUAUGCACAGCAGGCACUAGCCAAUCUUGGCUUUGGCCAAAUGAGCAAUGAUGAGCUCGUGAACCGCAUGCAUUUUGCUCUUCAGGCCGGAGAUACAGACAUCUCUGCCCUCAUUGCAAAGGAGCUGGCCCGACGUAGAGCAUGCUUGUAUGAGGAAGAUACUGUUACGCGUAGCACCGGAAGAAAUACGCUCCCUACGGGAGUUAGUACCGGUACUGAAUCCAGGAUCCGGACCAAGCUCACUGGUGGCUUUGGUGGGCGCGUGAGUAGUGGUACGGCACCACACAGCGGCACUCGCCCCUCUACAGAUUCUUCUUUUGUAGUGCCAGAAGUUUUGUUUCAAACGCGUCCGCGUGGUGGUGACAGUGGUGAAAAUGUGCUGCGUUUUUAA